GUGUUUAUCUAGUAGUUGAACACUUGGAAGUGUUGAACAGUUGAACACUUAGUUUAACAGUGUACAAAAAAAGUGCACAAGAAUUUAGCGUGCACUAGUGAGUGAUGCAGAUGCACGUAGGCGACGCUUUUUGAUCAGGUUCGGUGGGUGCUGCCCUAAGAGGCAUUAAAUAAGACGUUUGACUAAUAUUUUACUUUUCUUUGUUUGAAGGAACUGAGAGGUAUCGCCAGUGCAGGGCCAAGGUUCAACUAGUUGAUCUCGGCACUGCUAGUGAUUUCAGCCUGAGUGAGGAGUCGUGGAGCCCACUCGACAGCGCUUCAUCAUCGGAGUGCUCCGAAGGAGAAGCGUCUGACAAUAGACUGGGACUCGAUCAAGACACUGCCCAGGCCUUUGGACAUGGACCACAUCCAUCGAAUGAAAAACAUGGGGAAGAAGAGCCGUCAGCCGUUGCUGAGCCACCCCAAGAGGACCCAAAGGAAAGUGGAGGAGAGAAGAAACUGAACUAUUGUUAUUUCUGUGGAAUAGGUUUGCAAAAGAUUGCCAGGCACUUGGAGACUGUCCACCAAGAUAAGCUAGAAGUGAAAGAGAUUCCGCCUAAAGAAAACGUUGAACUGGCUGAUGAGCGCCAGCGGCUCUUUACUCUACUUCGGAACAUGGGCAAUCGUAAGCAUGAUUGCGACAACCCUAAUGCCGGUGUUUACGCUACAAAGUCAAGGGCAGUCUCCUCGUACGACCCAUCCAAACUUGCUGUCUGCCCGGGCUGCAAAGUUGGGGUCGUAAAAACGAACCUGUACAAUCACCGGAAGAGGUGUCCGGUUCUCAAAAAUGAGGGGCACCUCCGAGGCACUCACAUGCAGUAUUUGACGUUUGCCCAAUUAAAGAAGGGGGACAUGGACGCCUUUACCUUGAAUGUUAUCCAAAAGAUGAAAAAUGAUGAUAUACGAAAGACGGUUGAAGGUGACAAAACCAUUCUUAUGUAUGGAGCAAGCCUCUUCUCUGAAUACAGUGACAAGCCCCAUCUCCGAAACUCGGUGUCGUCCAAACUGCGGGACUUGGGGCGCAUGCUUUUGGAGGCACGUAAAAUCGCCCCUAAAAUUAAGACCCUAGAAGACCUCCUGGACCCCCACAAUUGGACUCUCUUGAAAGAAUCUGUCUGCAGUGCCAGCGGUUUUAAUCCCGAUGAUAAUUCUUUCACAACACCCUCUUUGGCGCUCCGUUUGGGGGGCAAUGUGGCCAUUCUUUUAAACGUUCUGGAGACCUCUGCGUUAAUUAACUGCAACAGCCAGCAGCUGCAGCGUUACGAUUACAUGAAGAGACUUUUGCGAGGUGACUUCAGACGGCAUAUUGCCAAGAAGGCUCACCGCACCUUAAGGAACAGGAAAUUCCGGGCACCAAAGAGGGCACCAUUAGCUGCUGACAUCCAGAAGCUGUACGCUUAUCUGAAGGAACAGAUUAAGCAAAAAAUGGAAAUGCUCAAAGCGGACCCAACGCAUGCUCUGCACUGGAACAAUUUGGCGAAAGUAACUGUAGCUUACUUAGUAACAUACAACCGGAGGCGUCCAGGGGAAACUGCGCGCCUGCUGGUUAAGGACGCUCAAAGAAUUUGUGACGUGUCGACGACAGACCCAGAACUGAUGAAAGUGUUCUCCCAAGCUGAGAAGUUACAUGCAUCAUCCCUAAAAAUGAUAAAUUUACCUGGAAAAAAGGACAGGGUGGUCCCACUCCUAUUCAAUCCGCUAUCCUAUGAAGCGACAACCCUUCUAAUUAAACAUCGAUUGCAGUGCGGAAUUAUAGCGGAGAAUCCGCAUGUAUUCGCAGUGGCAGGGACCAAGGUCAACACGAUAAGAGCAGAUGUGGUGAUUAGAGAGGCCGCUGAGUCGUGCGGGGCGGAGGACCCCCUAUCGCUCAGGGCCACCCAAUUGAGAAAGAACGUGGCAACCACCUGUCAGCUGCUGGCCCUGAACGAACAUGAACUUGACGUCCUCGCUAAGUUCAUGGGGCACGACAUCAAUGUCCACAGACAAUUUUACAGAUUAAGUGAUGAUGCGAUACAGCUUGCCCGUUUAUCAAAAGUUUUUUCUCUGUUGGACGAGGGAAAGCUGCAGCUGCAGGAGGGGAAGACGCUUGCAGAACUGCAGAUUAAUGUCAAUGAUAUAAAUAUUGACGAGGAAGUUAAUGUAGAAGAAAAUUCUGAAGACAUCACUGAAGAAAUAACAGAUCAACCAACAAGUAAAACCUCUGGCACAAAAAGGAAGAGACGGAAAGCCAGUAAUGUAGAAGAUGAUACCACCGAUGAAGAAGUAGAACCCCUGGAACCCUUAAGACCAAAAGCUACUCCAAGCAAGCAAAGGAACAUGCAAGGGAGAGAACCAUGGUUAGCAGAGGAGUCAGAGGCAAUAGACAAGCAUUUCGGCAGUCUUAUCCGAAAAGGCAUCCAACCAGGAAUGGAAGAGAUCUCAACAGUGAAGGCAAAAGAGCCAAGAUUGGCCAAGAGAACAUCGUCGAAGAUAUAUCAUAAAAUUAGAAACAUUUUAUCAAAAGCCAAGCAGUAGCUCCGACUUGUAUUCUUCUAGAAUGUACUUUUGUUUAGCUUUAAAUUUAAAAAAAUUAUUUGACUUAAUGAGUUUUUAAACCAAAAUUUGAUAGUGUCUUAUCUUGUGGUUAUGACAUUUUUUUAUUCCUGUUAAGUUACACCACCGGCUUUGUUGGUUUUUUUAAUCUAAAAUGUGUCAUGUAAUCUUGAAGUGUGAACCCUAUAUAUCCCCUACCCCCUUCAACAAAAUUUUGAGAGGGUUGGUUGUCUUAAUCUAUAUAUGUAUUUUACUUGAAAAUGGGUGAUUUUAAGAUUGUGGGUUCUUUUGUAUCUCUGUAACUUGCACCUGAUUUGUUUCAAUUUAAAUGUCCAUCAGUUUCAUGUGACCUAUUUAUGACAUAAAUGUUAUCUCUGAUUUUAAACACAAUUUUAUAAGUGUGUGUAAACUCCUUAGGAUUAAGAUUUGAUCUCAAUCAAAGCUAUGACUCUUGCGUUCCUUUUUUUUUUAAGAAAAAAAAAGGAAACCCUGACAGUGUCCUAAUUUUGAGACGGUGUGCAAUAUUUUUUGUAUCAUGUAAUCGUUAAGGGGAGACUUUGCUGUGAACUCAUAAAAUGAUAUCACUAGUUGUGGUUCUAAACCAAAAUUUAAAGGUGUCUUAUUUUAUGGUUUUGUGAUAACUUGUUUCUCUACUCGCUCCUGAAGGCUUAGUUGUUGUAAUCUGUAUUGUGCCAUGUAACCGAUAUAUACCUCUAAUCUUAGUAAGUUUCCAUUAUGAACAAAAGUGUUUGUAAACUCAAAUCUUAAGUUUUUAGUUGUUUUGAUAUAUUUAAAAUCAAACUGUUUAUGUAUUCCCAUAUCGCUGUGACUUGAAAGCAAUACAUAACUUAAAUCUUAUUUGUGUUUCAUCAAAAUUUUGAUCUCAUGUUGCAAGUCAUCUGUCAACUACUUUGUAAGUAUUAUUGAAAAAUUAAAAGUCUU